CAACGGGCGGGCGGGGCGGGGCUGGGCGGGGCGGGGCGCUGAGGAGGGUGCGAGAGGCAAGAUGGCGGCAUUGAGGCGCUGUUGGUGGUUGGCGUGGGGCAGUCGGGCCAGUAGCUGGUGUUCUGCUUCGUCGUGCAGAGGACGAGCGCUCCUUGCCCCCCCGGCGGCCUCGGCCUGCGCGCUGGGUCGCUCGCUGCGGUGGGCAUCGACCUCCUCCCAGCUGGGCCCGACGGAGAGUGACUCCAGCGAGGGACAGGUCUACCUCAGCGAGAGCUGCGUGAAGAGGCUGCUGGAGAUUGCAGAAGGCUCAGAAUUUCUCAGGCUGCAGGUGGAAGGAGGUGGUUGCUCUGGGUUCCAGUACAAGUUUUCCUUGGACACAGUUAUCAAUCCUGAUGACAGGGUGUUUGAACAAGGUGGUGCCCGUGUAGUUGUGGAUGUGGACAGCCUGGCCUUUGUGAAAGGUUCCAUGGUGGACUUCAGCCAGGAGCUGAUUCGCAGCUCAUUCCAGGUGGUGAGCAAUCCCCAGGCAGAGAAGGGAUGCUCCUGUGGGACUUCCUUCUCUGUCAAAUUCUGACUGGACAUCUUGUGGAUGAACACUGUCUGCAGACGUUUCCUGGCAGUCUCCAGAAGGUUUUGUUUGAUCUUUUCCUAGCUGUUCCUUCUCAUCUUUCUAACCCUGUAAUACAGCAGUUACAGAUGACUCCAGCUGUAUGUCUGAACUGAGCCUCUUUCCAAGACUUCUUGGCCUCCCCUUCAGAAAUAUGAAGUAGCUAUAAUUACGCAAACAGGAGCAUCUUCAGCGCUUUGUGAAGCACCUGCUCAGUGGCGCAGACUCACCUCUCUUCUCCAAAAUAUGGAACCACUUGUCUCUGCAGGGAAUGGUUGUAUAUAUGUGUGUUUAUUGAGAGUUCUUACUAAAAAUAUAUGUAUUUGAGGUUGUUUGGCAUUACUCAUGCAUUUCUGGUGGGUUGAAUCUGGGUUCAUUCCAGCUUAUGCUGUUUACCCAUUUUUUUUCAGUUGAAUUGGUUUUAUACCUACCAGUGUUGCUGGCUGUCCAGCAUUCGAUGGGCUUUUCUAGACACUUUGCUUGUUCGGGCUCGUCUCAGUCCCAGGAGCCCAUAGUAGUUUUACUCUCAGUCCCUGGGAUUAAAGAUUUGACUUGUUCAAAGUAAGUGAAGCUCAAAGACUGAGGUAGCAAGAAUUAAUAGCUUGUUUUAUUUUAGAAAAAAAAAAAGUGUGUGUGUGUAUGUAUGUAAAUAAAAUACACAGCCUUCCAUCCCAA